AUGAAGCCGGAAGAGCUCACAUUCGGCCUGGCAACAUCAUGGCUUGGUCUCGCAGGGUACCUUGUCCUGGCUAAGAUCGUGUACGAUCUAUGCCUUUCUAUCUACCGCAUUUACUUCCACCCGUUGCGUAAAUUUCCGGGCUCGAAGCUUGCCGUCGCGACAUACUGGCAUGAAACUUUCUACGACGUCUUCAAGGGGCACCAGUAUGUUUGGAAAAUCAAAGAAAUGCACGAGAAGUACGGUCCGGUCAUCCGCACCAACCCGGACGAUGUGCAUAUCCAUGAUCCGGAUUUCUUUGAUGAUCUGUACUGCUUAAAACUCGACAAAUGGGCUUGGUGGACUAGGGGAUUUGCUGUGCCGACGGCUGGUGGUAUGACGGUCGAGCAUGAAGUUCACCGAAAACGGCGCGGUGCACUGAAUCCUUUCUUCUCCAAGGCGUCAAUCAUUGCCAAUAUGCCGAUUAUUCAGGAGAAGCUUGCCGUCAUGUGCUCUCGACUCGACAAGAUUGCUGGAAGCAAAGAGGUGCUCGAUUUGGAGUCAGUGUACUUGGCUUUGACCACCGAUGUUUUGACCCAGUGCUCUUACGGCUGGACGUACGACUACAUCCAUCACCCAGAGUGGGCGAUGACCUGGAAAUUAGUCAAUACUGGUGGCCGUGCGUCCGCUGCUAUUGUUCGCUCGUUCCCUCUGAUCGGAUCCAUUGUCCGUUCCAUGCCCUUGUCUGUGGCCAUCAAGCUCGUCCCGCCCGUCGGUUUCAUGAAGUCCUGGAUGCAGCGCGUGGGUAUCCAAGUUAAAAAGAUCAAAGCCGACCCGGAAACCAUGCAGAUGAUCAAGACCGAAAAGCGACGAAAAGACACCAUCUUCGCCCAGAUCUUGUCCAGUGAUUUGCCCGAGUACGAGCUGAGCGACGAACGCCUGAUCGACGAAGGUGUCCUGAUAGCCACGGCGGGGUCAGAAACCACCGCCUGGGCCAUCACCAUCACCACAUACCACCUCAUGAAGAGUCCCAGCGUGCUCGCCAAGAUGCGCGAGGAAUUGGCGACUGUCGAGAUUCCCGACGGCCAACCUGUCGCCCCGUGGACAUCGCUGGAGAAACUUCCGUAUCUGACCGCCGUCAUCAAAGAAGGCAUCCGCAUGGCCGGUGGAAUGCUUUCUCGUCUCCCGCGCAUCUGCGACAAGCCGAUCCGGUACAAAGAAUGGGUCAUCCCAGCCGGCACACCCGUGGCAAUGACUCCUCACCUGAUUCUCAUCGACGAGAACAUCUUCCCUGAGCCACGCAAGUUCAAGCCCGAGCGCUGGCUUGAUCAGAUGGCCGAAGGCCGCACGACAUCACGACUGGACAAGUACAUGGUAGCCUUUGGCAAGGGAUCGCGCAACUGUAUCGGUAUGCAUUUGGCGUAUGCGCAGCUCUUCAUGAGUAUCGCGGCCGUGGUGCAGAGAUAUGAUCUAGAAAUGUUUGAGACUGAUGAUAGUGAUGCGACUCCGACGAGGGACUUGUUUACUGCGGGUGUGAAGUUAGAUAGCCAGGGGAUUCGAGUGAGAGUUCAUGACAAGAAUGAGAAGAUCUAA